AUGACACGAACUUCGCCCCCGCCUAAAGAACCUGAUGCCUGGUCACAGCACGAGCUAUUCUGGUUGUUGACCGCCGAGAUUACCUCUUACUCAAGCUCUUUUAACGCUUCUCAGGCAGAGGAUGAGAAGUAUGCUGAAGCGCGCGAUGCCGCCAUACAAAUUCUAUUGGCACUUCGAGAUGAGAGCUUUGUGCCUUGGCUCGAGCUCCCACCGCCGCAGGAACGACGUGAUAUCCUCCGAAAAGCUCUGCCGUCUGUUUGUUCCAAGAUAAACCAAGGGACCGUCGGUUUCAUGCCGAUGGUCAAAGAAUGGUUGAGUCAAUUCCCUAGGCUCCCAAAGUAUGCGUACCAUGAAAAAUGGCAAGCACACCUACUCACAAAACCUGCCCAAACUAUAUGGCUUGAUCUCAAGGCGGCACUCUUAAGAAAGAAAUUCAAGAUGAGUGGUACCCAGCAUCUUCGAGAACACAUCUCACUCUCAAUCGAAAGUUUUGGUCUAUACUCUGACCUUCCGCCUCUGGAUGCCCGGAGUAUCCCCAACAAUCACCGUGGCGGUACACACGCAUUCAUCGGCAACCUGAAGCGCCCACUGCCUACAUCAAGCAGCCCAUCACCUCGACCUUCUCGAGUCUUCAAGACAAACGAGUAUGCUGCAUCAGCUCCACUGACCAGGGGGUGUGGCUCAACGUCUUUUACGCCAUUUAAGAAUGCCAGUCAUCACAGGCCUUCUCAAAUUGCAAACCAUUCAGAUGCGAAACAAGCCGAGUCUAGUCCUAGAAAUGGCAAUACAUCCCUUCAAGGCGCAGAGGCUCGCAGACUAUCAUGCGCCACCAACGCAACGACAGUCCCUGCCAAAGCCCAGACGGUCAUCUCGAGCGAGAACGAAGGCCGCUCCAGAGAUGUCCGGAACCCCGUUGCCGAAACAAUCACCGCCGCUUGGCAGCCGCAGUUUUCCCUCUACGAUUUCCUGAACCUCCAGGUGGCUUCAAGAACCUCCAAAAGUCAGCCUGUCGCUGGAGGAUUCCGGUAUGCCACUAUUAUGGAGGUUCUCAAAGAUCAGGAGAGGAAAGCGAUGGGUGUAUCUCCCGUAACUACAACAAUUGCGAUGUCCCCAGUUCAGGUCGUUGCCUCGAUUCAGCCUGAUUCGACACUCGUGGUCCAAACUCAACUCGAGGUCAAGGCAGCGUUAGACAAGGCAAUGCUAGCCGGGAAACGAAAGAUCGCGGGCGACUUGACUCAGAAAAUUCGUUCCAUGAUCGAAUAA